GUACAUUUUCUUCCGUCUCUCUAUUUUUGUUAUCUUUAUCUACAGUUAUCGAAUUACCACAUGUCGACAACAGCUGCUGCUGCUAGAGCUAGAAUGCUUUGAAAACACAACUCUCGCAGAAACCUGUGCGGCUGUGCGAUAUUUCGAAGUGUUCGUAAACGUAAAUCGAGAGUGUUCAUUUCUUAAACGUUCGUUUUGACGCGAUAAAAUUUGAUUAUUCGAAUAAAAAAAAUCGUGUGAUGGUGUGACUGUUCUUGGAAGUGUAUUGUUUACGUUGUGCCGGUUUCGGUUGCCGGAUAAUUUAUGAUUUGGAUGACGUUUUACGACGUAUAAAGGCUUAUUUUGUUCGGAAGGUGAAGCUGCGAGUGUUUAAGAGUAAAUUUCUUAUAACGGAUUCGUGCUUAAGCUAAACUUCACAGGUUACGUCGUUUUAGUGUUAUCAGUUACCACUCCUCUUUCGCCAGCGCUGUCGACGCUGUUUUGUAUUGCUGUUGAUCAAGUUGCAUACCUGUUGCAAGUCAGGCAUCCGAAUCCGAUACUUGCGAAUAAAAUGAUGACGGAGCAACUCUGCGAAGAAAGUGACCAAAUAAUGGUGCAGAAUCUGCAGACCCAGACCCAGACCGCGACCGCGGACGCCGAGCUGGAGGUGCCCAGCCGUAAAAGGAAAACGAGUACGUCGAGUAUCUGCAGUUCCUCCAAAGCGAUAGCGAUGGAUAACGACGAAGACUUGGCCGUCAAGAUAUCGCGGCUGCUCGAUUUAAAAUUACAUCCCGUCAUAUCUCGACUGGAUGAAAUUGCUUCGAUGGUCGAACGUCAGGCUGAAAAUUUGGCCUCUCUCGCUGAUCGUGUUGGACGCAUCGAAGACGAUAUCGUAAGUGCAGCCGGUGCAAAUAAAACCAACGAAGUCGAGCUGCUUCAAAAACAGCUGACAUUUUUCGCUAGUCCGAUGCAUACGCAUACGCCCGAUACGGAUAUUCCUAAGGAUGAGACAGUUUGGCGUGGAAUGUUGGAAUGGAACGAUAAAGUAGUUUAUUGCGAUGCUACUUGGGAUCCGAAAAAUGGUGAUCCAGAAGUUAAAUUUGACGAUUGGCCGACGAAAUUGGUGAUGCAGGUUUUACCCAAAACGUUGAUAAGUAGCGUGGGUGCAUCUUACAUGAAAAAUGCCACCUCUAUGGUAUUCUAUCCCACUCCUAGUGCAGCUUCAGAUGUAGUCGCCAAAAAAAUGACUAGUGGUUUUGCCGGUUGCAUUACGUUGAAAAAUUCGAAUACUCCGGAUUGCAAUUUAAAAGUGCUGAUUUUAACGUUUUCGCCGAGUAAAAACGUAUACCUCGGUUUCAUCCCGCACGAUCAGUCGACAUUUGUAAAACGACUUCGCAGCCUGAUUCAGCAGCGUAAAAAUGAUCAGAAGAUGGGAAAAAUUCCGGCUAGUCCCCUAGGAUCCAGCAGUACGCCCGUAUCACAAACUCCGAGUCGAUCUAAUAACCUGGCGACUGAGAUGAAAUUAACACGCCGAGAUAAUUUGAACAUCAUUCACCAACUCAAGCAAUCAUUGGCCGCUGCUCAACGAAAAGAGUUGCAAUAUCAGCGAACUCCUCGGUUUAAGGUGAAGCUUCGCCGGCCAUCCGCUGUGGGAAGAUCUCAUACGGUGAACGUGCCAAGCCACCAGCAGCAUCCUCAACCUCAACAGGUUCGAAAUAUUCGCUCAGAUGCUGCGCAAACUGCUACACAAUUCGAUGAUGAAGAAGAUGUUAAAUUUUUCGUGUAAUUGACGAGAAUUGAAACUCGUAGAAGGAUAUUAUUUUUGUUUUGGUUUCUCGUACAGAGAGUUGUCAUUUUAUUAUUUACCUAAGUACCAUUUUUUUGUUACGUUUUUAUAUUGUAAUUCUACGUGCACCGAAGGUGUAUAAGUUUGCUUUCAAUACAUCAAUUCGUAUCUAU